AUGCAGCUCACCCGCCUAACCGCCCUCGUCCUCCUCUCGGUGCCAGCCGCCCUGGCCAGCGGACAGGACGGACCAGCCGCCCCCAUCCAGGUCCGCCAUGUGGGCGGCGCCACCAACCUCGCUUCUCUGGCGGCCCGCAGCGACGGCGAUCUGGUCGAGCGGUCGCCCAGAUCCAGGUUCGGGGCACCCAGAGUGUCGGGGCCCAGAACCUCGGCGCCCUCGGGCGCCACACGUGGAGACGUUGCCAAAGCCGCACUCCAACCACCAAAACCGUGCAACUUGUUUUGCCGCUUGUUCGGGGGAUCAGAAGAGGAGAAUUCCUCUUGA